AUGGCAGAAAUACUUUCGCGUUUGCUCUCCUUCCCACCCGCGACGCCAACACUGUCCAAAACAUCCGACGUAGAGUACGAUAAACAGAUAUGCGUUUUAUAUUCGGAUCUGAAGCGUAUACCUGCGCUUAAAUUAGUUGCAGACAUUCCUGGGAGAGGCAGUUUGUUGGAGCUGCUGGACCCGAGCACCCAAACACUGGCCUACCUUUUUGUCCUACUAUCCCAUUACCAAGUUUCGCAGGAAAAGACCAAAGAAUCAUUACCAGCCAAAUGGCUGCCAGGGGGUGAAAUCUGGCGGAAAUCAGUAGCAUUAUUAGAUGUCUUCGACCCUAUUCAAGUCAGAUAUGCGGGCCAGGAAUGGAGGAGUCUUGUUGAUAUGGUAGCAAAAUCGGCCGAAGUCGCAUCACGACCUUUACUAGCUCUACGUCCUUUAAAACAAGCUAUACUUCGCCUAGAUCCAUCAUCUUCUACCUUCACAUCUCUCCAUACAACUUUCGUACGGCUGUGCCUUCAAUCAAGGUCUUAUCUAAAUGCUUUGGAUAUUCUCGACAAGCCUAUUUACCAUUUCCCAACAGCCUCUGAUAAACAAUUUAUUAAAAGGUCACAACUUCUUCCGUGUCAGCAGCACGAAUCGAGCAUGUCCUUUAUCACCACCGCAUCCGGGUUACCAGGGAAAAUAAACCACAGAUCUUAUUUAGAGUACUUUCUCUAUGGCGCCAUGGUUUACAUAGGGCUGAGGAAAUGGGACGCCGCUACCCAUUUUCUCGAGGUGGUGAUUUCUGCGCCAACAACAAACUCAGUGAGCAUUAUCAUGGUAGAAGCUUACAAAAAGUGGGUUUUACUGGGCCUUGUGGAAAUGGGAAAGCCUUUGUCUAUGCCAAAAACAGUGACACCCUUCACAGCGAAAGCAUAUAGAUCACUAGCGAAACCUUACGACGCCCUCGCUGAUAUCUUUAAAUCGGGAAAUUUGUCAAGGUUGCAAGCAGAAAUCACGGCUGGUGAGCGCAUUUGGCUCAAUGAUAAUAACAUGGGUUUGGUUUCACAAGUAUUAGCUGCAUAUCAGCGAUUUUCUAUCGUGAAACUCGAAAAGACUUUCGCCGCAUUGUCAAUACCCGAUAUAACUUCAUACCUGAGGCCCGGCGUCCCAAUGACUGACACCUUCGUAGCAGGCUUGAUUACUGCAGGACAGUUACGGGCGUGUUUGAUGCACACUUCCGAGUCUUCGACCCCCGCGGUGCUUCGUUUUACAUCUUCGACAUCGGUAUUGGGUCAUCAAUCAGAAGUCGAAUUCAGUGCUGAUAUAAUAACACAAAAGAACCGGCUGGAAACGCUUCUGAGGAACGUACAUGGAACUGAUGUCAAAUUGGAGUUAGGCCGUGAGUAUAUAGAAAGCUUGCGGAAAGCACCGAGAGGUUCUGAUAUCGACAGUAAAGAUAAAGCAAUGGCAUGGAUCUCCAACGGCGCAAUCGAUGAAGAUUUGAUGGGGGAUUUCGAAUAGAAAUAAUUUACAUUCACAAUGCUUCGAUAGUGGAAGAUUUUGUGCCUACUUGUAUGGACGAAUGAUCGAAUUACGGUAGUGUGCUGCUCCAGCUGAGAGUUUAGAUGCAUAAGCAAGAUCAGUACCGAUCUUCG